AUGUCGAGCAACACACACCGACCCAGCGCCGCCCCCUCAGCCCCAGGCCCGAUCAUCCGCGCAGCUCUGACCUUCGAGUCCCUCGCCACAGUCGCUGGUGGGCUGUACUACACCUUCUUCCCGCAGCACUAUCUGCUCCACACGAUGGGCGCAGUCCCCGCACAAAUCACCACCACCGCGAUCCAAAACACGCAGCAAUACGGUGCCACGAUUAUUUUGAUAGGCACUUCUGUUGGGCUGUUCGCGUCCAGCAACCGGCACGCGGUGGCGCUGCGCCGGCCGCUCGUUUACGGAAGGCGGCAUGUCGAAGAAGGCGUUGUUGGGGGCGGCGGGACAGCUGGUGCCGUUUGCGCUGUGGAGGGUGUUUACGCUGGUGUGGAAGCCGGAGUGGUUUGGCAGAGGCGAGGGAGAGAAGAAGGUGGAGUAGGCGGGCGUUGCGGUGUACUGCAGUAG